UUUCUAAUUUUGAUAGACAUGCAUAAUAUGUAAGUUGGGUAUUCUCAAAUAUAGGAAGCUUUAAAAGGCUAAUUUUGUUAUCGGGAGAAAAAUCCUAUUCAGUAGGCUGUUGUUGACCACCAAACUCCCGCAAACCAUGCAGUAUUUCUCUCCAAACAAAAUGCAAAAUUUAUCAUAAAGUUUGGCACCCACCAAACGUAGAAGAAAGAAGCCUAGAAUAUUUCUGGUUCUUCCAACAUCAUUUUCUGCUUUAUCAACAAAUUUUGAUUGAGUUCUUCAUGCAAUUGUUGAUAUUCUCAAAUCUCAUUUGGCGAAAGUGAGAAGAAAAUAAAAAUGCUGAAUGUACGUGCAAAUGAACGGCAAAAGGCUUCAGGUUCUCCCAAGGUAGAGCUGGGAGAGAUUGAUACCAGGGCACCAUUUCAAUCGGUCAAAGCUGCUGUUAGUUUAUUUGGCCAAGUUCUGAGUAAGCGUAAGAAGCCCAUCAGGAGAACUAGAACACUUUCUUCCGAGGAUGUGUUAGGAAAGGAGACACAGCUUCUUUUUGCUCAGAGAGAGCUAGAAAUUACCAAGAAAAAGUUAGAGAGUGCAGAAACUACAAAAGCUAAAGCACUUGGUGAUCUAGAGAGGGCUAAGAGGACACUACAGGACUUGACAACCAAGAUCAACUCUGUAAAUGAAUCCAAGGAGUCGGCAUUGAAAGCUGCGGAAGCUGUGCGGCAGAAGGUCAAGGAACUUGAACAAGCUCAAAAACAAUUGGAAAACGUUCCGCGGAAACAGGCCUUGGUUGAGGCCAGACAGCAGUACAGGACUGCUGCUGCUCAACUUGAUUCUGCAAAGCAAGAGCUUAACCAAAUCCGUCAGGAUUUUGAUGCAGCUUUAGAAGCAAAAGUGGCUGCAUUCCAACAGGCUGCAGAAGCGCAACGUUCAGCCAAUCUUAGUUCAGUGAGAGUCGAGGAGCUGAAGAAAGAAAUUGAAGCUGUAAAGGAUGCAACUAGACAGAUAAAGAAUGACUCUCAACAUCGGGAAGAAGAGCUGGCGAAGGUUUUGUCUGAGAAAGACACACUUAUCCAGUCUUAUAAGGAUGCAAAAAAACAGACGGACGAGAAAUUGAAUUCUUUGAGAGAAGAAUAUGAUCCUGAACUGACCGGGAGUCUUGAAAUGAAAGUUGCGGAAACAAAUACAGAGAUUGAAGAUUUAAAGAAGCAAAUGGAGGAUGCUCAUGCUGCUGAAAUGGAUUCAGUGAGAGUUGUAACUACUGAGCUUAAUGAAGCUACAAGGACACUGCAACAAGUUGCAGAAGAGGAAUAUUCUUUGAAAAGCUUGGCUAAUUCGCUUAAGCUGGAAUUGGAAGAGGUGAAGAGGGAGUAUGCUGAUGAAUUGAAGAAAAAGGAAGCGGCCGAAAAAGAAUCUGUUGCAAAAGCAAUGGAAAAGCUACUAUCAGAAGGUGAAACGGCAAGAAGAGAAGCAGAGGAGAUGAAAAAGAAAGCUCAAGAGCUGAAGCAAGAAGCUGAAAGUACUCAGAUGGUGGCGGAAGAAACAGAGAAAAAGCUACAGGUUGCUCUCUCUGAGCUUGAAGAAGCAAGAGCCGCAGAGAGAAAAGUCCGCAAUGAGUUAAAUGCGAAACCAGAUUCCAUUUCCAAGGUGACAAUUACCAAGGAAAAGUACGAAAAUUUGAAGAAGAAAGCUGAGGAAUCAAAAAGUUUGGCUGAGAAGAAGUUGGCGGAUGCUAUGGCUGAAAUGGAAAAGAUAAAUGCUAGUAAAAGUGAAGCAGACCAAAAACUGGCUGCAAAUUUAAAAGCCAUAGGGGAAAUCAAUACUGCAACAGAAAUAGCUCUCAAGUCUGCAGACACGGCAGCCGCGGCUCAAAACAUGGUUGAAGCUGAACUCAAGAGGUGGCGCCAUAAAGAACAAGUGACAGAAGCUUAAGCGGCUUGUGUCUGUCAUUACAGCAAGUUUGAAGACAGACAUCAGGAUCAUCUGCCUUGCAAGUCUAGGGUGUUAGAGAAGAAAUGUGUUGAAAUAAAAUCUGUAAUGCCUGAAAGGCCUUUUUCGCCUUCUUCUUGGUUCAUUUUGCAUUGGAUGAUUGCAAGAUGAAUCUCAAAAUUUGUAUUUAAAUGAUGCAGAAAUGUAGAAUGGUGUUGUUGCAUGUCAUCAGAAAAGAAACUUCAGGAUUGAAUUAAGAAAUACGUAUAACAUCUUGAUUUAUGCAAACUUUUGAGCAGAGUUUCUGCGAUUCCGAAAAGUUCUGGAAACUGCAAAUGUUUUUGGGGCUUUUCAGAAAUUUGUCUAACGUCUUUAGUGAAAAAAUCGAAAUCAAUCAAAUUUAUCCUAACUCAUUACAUUCUGGAUUUCCUCUCCAGGCUCUCCUCUCCGCCGUUGGCUCUUCUUCUAUAUCAUAUAAAGUGAUCUGUUUGGUCACCGCCGUCAGCUAUUCUUCUAUUUCGUCUGUCGACCGUCAUCGUCUGUUCGUCUUCUUCAGUGCAUCGACGACGCUUGCGUCACCGGCGUUCAUGUCAGAGUCGACCGACGACCAGAAUAGGUACUGUACUCUUAAUCUCUCAUUGCUGUUAGACUAUUAAUUUUUUUUCUGUACAUGUAAUUGGUCGGAAGGCUUUUUCGUUGAGGAAAUCUAAUACGGCCAAGUUUGUAUAUGAAAGAUGACCUGGUGUACCUUCUCUUGGAUGUGCUUUACAGCCAGCAAACUUUGUGAUGUUAUGUUUGUAACAAGUUUUGAAAUUAUAAGAGUCAGAUAGAACCGUAAGCAUAAAAGAGAUUGUUGAUUAUGUUAUGGUUAUUUAUAUGUCUGUUUUUCAUUCUUAGUUUUACAUAUAUUAUUUUGGUUUGUUAAAUCUAUGCUAGAUGACUCCAACCGAUUAGGUUUUAGCUUUUAAGCAGUUUAGUCACAAACGUUCAGCGGAUAUUGAGUUUAUAUGA